AGUCCCAAUAGAGAUUCUGCAAAUCACAGGAGAGGAGAUAAAUUGGUUAGUUGCAGUCAAAGAUUCACAGUGAGUGGAAGUUCAGUUGAAGACAGUGGAAAUGGUUGAGAUUGAGGAAGGCAAGAAGUCAUGGAUCAGGAGGAAUCUUAUGUUAGUGUUGACUCUGGUUGGUGUAGUUACUGGAGUUUUGCUCGGAUUCUCUCUAAAAGCUCUUCACUUAAAUCCUGAUUACAUCAUGUUAAUCUCAUAUCCUGGGGAGCUCUUCAUGCGCUUCUUAAAGAUGAUUAUUUUACCGUUGCUGAUUUCUUGCUUGAUCUAUGGAACUGCAAGUUUAAACAUUGCAGCUAAUGGGAAGAUUGCUGUGAGGACUCUUGUCUACUUUGUGUGUAGUUCAGUAAUUGCUAUAAGUAUUGGCCUGUGCCUGGUAGUUAUCAUACGACCAGGAGUAGACAGCACAGCCACUGUAAUCGUCAGUGAGCCAAGAAAACCUGCUGCUAAUCCACAAGUGAAACUCUUGGACACUUUUCUCGAUCUCGGACGCAACCUAUUUCCAGACAAUCUCUUCAGAGCCACAUUCCAACAGACGUACACUGCUCAGGAAUCUCAGAGAUCUCUCAAAUUUCGAGAUGGUACUAAUAGUAUGGGAAUUGUAUUCUUCUGUCUUCUACUAGGAGGAAUUUUGGGUACUCUUGGAGAGCGUGGAAAGACUACCAUUGCCUUUUUUCAAGGAACUCUUGAAGCUACAAUGAAGAUUGUUCGUGGAGGAAUGUGGAUGGCUCCAAUUGGAGUUUGUAGUAUUAUAGCGGGAAAGAUUCUAGAAGUGGAAAAUCUCAGCAUAGUUUUAGCUCAGUUAGGAAAGUUCAUUUUAACAACUUGUAUCGGGGAAGCUAUCUAUCAGCUUAUCGUUCUUCAAGCAUACUACUAUGUCAUCAUCAGGAAGAAUCCUUUCAAGUUUUACAUCCAACUUUUCGAUCCUGUGAUCGCAGGAUUUGCUACUUGUUCAACCGUUGCUACACUUCCCAUAACAAUGAGAACUCUGAAUGAUGUUGUGAAAAUCAAUCCUCGUAUCACGAGGUUUGUCCUACCUCUGGCAUGUUCUAUGAAUACCGAUGGGGCUGCAAUGUUCAUGGUGAUCUCUUCGGCUUUCCUGGCUCAGAUGCAGGGUAUUGAACUGGGACUUGGAGAAUUGAUAACUCUAUUGGUCAUCACACGAUCCUAUCUCUAGCUAUUGGAAGUGUCCCUAGUGGAGCUGUUGUGCUAGUUGUCGUAAUUCUAUCAACAAUAGAUGUUCCUGCAGAUCAGAUAACCAUUUUGUUUACGGUUGAAUGGUUCCUGGAUAGAGUACGCACUACCAACAACAUCCUGACGGAUUGCUAUGCAUCAGCAAUUGUUGAACAUUUGUCCAGGAAGGAGUUGGAGAAGCAAGAAUCAGAAGAACAAGAAACAAUGCUGCAGACAGUUGCCGUUGACAAAACACCAUUAAGUUAAUUUUACAAUUUUAUUUUCAUUUCAACUACACUUUUUUCCCCGGGAUUUCUGUCUUUAACAAAAGUUUAUUCACAUUUUUUUUCUAUUUUAUUUUUUCAAAGCAAUUUUCGUUUUUUGUGUAAUUCAGAGAGAGUCAACUACUGGCCGUGAUUUCAAAUGAAGACACUUAUUUGCCGAUUGAAAUAGAUCUCAUCUCUGCUUUAA